AGCAGCAGGGAUGGAGGCUCGGUGUAGGGGGGUAAGGCGCGGUGUGCAAGGGGUAUGAUUGCUGGUAGUGGGGCAUAGAGGAGAGGGGCACAGGCUCGGUGUAGAGGGGGGUAUGAUUGCCGGUGAUGGCUGGCGCAGAGUGCACGGGAUCUGGGCGCAGAAGACACGGGAUUUGGGCACAGAGGUGCAGGGCUCGUGCAGGAGCAAGGGUCGGGUGCGGGAGCAAGGGGGGGCGGAGCAGGGCUGGUUCGCGGUAAGCAAAGGGGCGCAGAGGUGCAGGGCUAGUGCAGGAGCGAGGCUUGGGCUCAAUAUUGGGUAUGGGUUGUACUUGUAAAUUCGUCUUGAUGAACUUAACCCCUUUAACUUUUGAUUUCUUCAAUUGAGUCCCUUGUUUUGAUUUCUUUCAUCUCCCUUUCAAUUUUCUUCGUAAAAAUCCCCCAUUUUGCCCAUGAACCUAACAAGGAAAACAAAGACAAAACAUAUUAGUUAAAAAAAUAAUAAUAAAAUUCUAUUAAAGUU